GAUUUUGUCAACAUCAAUAUCCGAAAAAGUCAGGCGGUUGAUCGGAAGGAACGUUAUGGUAUGAAUGAUGAGAUGAAAUGAUUUGGUACUUGGUUAUAACACGGAAAGUGGAGGACUGCAUUGUUCACUAAAGCCUGAUAACUAAUCCCUCAGUGCAACUAUCAUAGCACCAUUUGUUGUGUCAUCACAACAUCAAAAUAUAUCUGCUUCCUCUGACUUGCACCUAGUUUUGGAAAGCAAAAUUUAAAAACAAGGACAUUUUUUACAUUCAUUCACUCAUCUGAUUGCAUGUUAAGAGUUAACAUGCAUUUACACAGUCAUGUUCAAAAUCACUGAAAAGAAUGCAAAUGAAGAAUUAAAAGAAGCUAAGGCUAAGUUAAUUGAAAAGGUACCAGAUAUAGAAAAUAUGGAUGCAGAUGAAGCAAGUCAUUUACCAGUUGAAGAUGUAUGUGAUCGUCUGAGAGCUGACACCAAACAGGGGCUCUACUCAGCUGACGUUGCGCAGCGACGAAAACGCUUCGGCCUAAAUGAAUUUGUCAUUGCUGAUGAUGAACCAUUAUGGAAGAAAUAUGCUGGACAGUUUAAAGAUCCAUUGAUACUACUACUUUUAGCAUCAGCUGUAGUAAGCGUGAUAAUGGGGCAAUAUGACGAUGCUAUCAGUAUUACUGUGGCUAUCUUGAUUGUUGUAACGGUUGCUUUUGUACAGGAAUAUAGGUCAGAAAAAUCUCUGGAAGAAUUGAAUAAACUGGUACCACCAUCCUGUAAAUGUAUACGUGAUGGCGAAUUGUGUGAGAUUCUUGCACGACUGCUGGUUCCAGGUGAUACUGUACAACUGAGCAUAGGUGACCGUGUCCCGAGCGACAUCCGGCUAAUAGAGGCUGUGGACUUAGCUAUAGAUGAGUCCAGCUUCACUGGCGAGACCAAGCAGAGUAGCAAAACAGAGUUAACACAACCAGUAGGUGGUAAUGGACACCACACCACUAAGAAAAAUAUUGCCUAUAUGGGAACCCUUGUUCGAUGUGGUAGGGGAAAGGGCAUUGUCAUUGGUACGGGAGAGAACUCUAAAUUCGGUGAAGUGUUUAAAAUGAUGCAAGCUGAAGAGGCUCCCAAGACACCACUGCAGAAGAGCAUGGGUAUCCUAGGCAAACAGCUAUCUAUCUAUUCAUUUGCCAUUAUUGGCUGCAUCAUGGUACUAGGUUGGCUACAGAAACGGCCGAUGUGUAAAGUUUAUAAUAUCUCUUGCAGCCUGGCUGUAGCAGCCAUACCUGAGGGUCUACCUAUAGUUGUGACUGUCACCCUAGCCUUAGGGGUAAUGAGAAUGGCCAAGAGAAAUGCAAUUGUAAAGAAACUUCCCAUCGUUGAAACAUUAGGUUGUGUAAAUGUGAUAUGUUCAGACAAGACAGGUACGCUCACCAAAAAUGAAAUGACUGUCACCUCAGUAUAUACGUCUGAUAACUGCCAUGCAGAGGUAACUGGUGUUGGUUACAACGGGAAUGGCGAUGUAAUAUACGACGGACAGGUCGUUAGGGGUUACAAUAAUUCUUCAAUAGCUCGAUUAGCCGAGAUUGCCACUGUGUGCAAUAAUGCUGAAAUUCAACAGGGUAGUUUACUUGGCCAGCCAACUGAGGGCGCUCUCAUAUCAUUUGCUCAAAAGUUGCGAUUAAGUCAUUUACGCGAUGAGUACACUCGUAUAGAAGAGAAGCCUUUCAGCUCGGAAACAAAAACAAUGUCGGUGAAAUGCAUAUCUAUGAUGCGACCUCAAGAGGGGUCGAUGUACUUUGUAAAGGGGGCAAUAGAGCAAAUACUAAAAAAUUGUACCUCAUAUAAUUAUAAAAAUUAUUCUAAAAUGCUAACCAAAGAAGAUAAGGAGAGGUUCCGUCGCCAGGCUAAUUACCUUGGAAGCACAGGAUUAAGAGUGCUAGCCUUAGCCUUUGGUAGAGAAUCAGAUGAACUAACAUACUGUGGGAUGGUGGGUAUAAUAGACCCCCCGCGGCCAGCCGUCCGCGAGUCCAUUGAGACGUUGAUUGGCAGUGGCGUAGCAAUUAAGAUGGUGACGGGUGACUCAGAGGAAACGGCCACCGCCAUUGGAAGUAGGCUUGGCCUCUAUGCAGAAGGUUGUAAAUCUUUAUCAGGGGAUGAGGUGGAAGAUAUGGAGAUUAUGGAGCUUUCAGAAAUUAUUAACCAGAUUUCAGUAUUUUAUAGAGUAAGUCCAAGUCACAAGUUAAAAAUAAUAAAGGCCCUGCAACUGAACAAUCUUGUUGUCGGUAUGACCGGCGACGGGGUAAAUGAUGCUGUCGCACUUAAGACGGCUGAUAUCGGUAUAGCAAUGGGUCAGACGGGUACGGAUGUGAGCAAAGAGGCAGCUGAUAUGAUACUUGUUAACGAUGACUUCUACACCAUCAUGUCGGCCAUUGAAGAAGGCAAAGCAAUAUACUAUAAUAUAAAGAACUUUGUUAGAUUCCAAUUAAGCACGAGUAUUGCAGCUUUAACCCUUGUUGCCUUGUCAACUGUGCUCCACUUUCCCAACCCUUUGAAUGCUAUGCAGAUUUUGUGGAUUAACAUUAUAAUGGAUGGCCCACCAGCUCAAAGUCUUGGGGUUGAACCCGUUGACAAAGAUGUGAUCCGUCAGCCACCAAGAAAAGUCAAGGAGCCGAUGAUAACACGCUCCCUUAUCAUCAACGUUCUCAUCUCUGCCGCUAUUAUCGUCAUGGGAACGCUCUUUGUAUUUUGGAAAGAGAUGCAAGAUAACAAUAUUACCCCUCGUGAUACCACCAUGACUUUCACAUGCUUUGUAUUAUUUGACAUGUUCAACGCCCUUAGCAGUAGGUCCCAGACCAAGUCAAUCUUCACUGUUGGGUUUCUGACCAAUCGGAUGUUCCUGUAUGCAGUAGGAGGGUCCAUAUUUGGUCAGCUGAUGGUUGUGUACUUUCCUCCACUGCAGAGGGUCUUCCAAACAGAGGCACUCACCCUGUAUGAUCUGGCCUUCUUACUUUGUUUAACUUCAACCGUUUUUUGGGUGUCGGAAUUGAAAAAGCUUCUACAACGAAGACUGGACAAGCGAUACCAUCUUAACAAGCCGUACGAAUUUGAAUAUGAAAAAUGUGAAGAAGGCUCUGUCAAAUAUUUAUAAUGAUACUGUACGAGAUGAUGACAUUCUGUAGGGGUUAUCAUGCACACUGUUGUAUUAUACAGUAGGCCUACUACUUUAAAAAUAAGGGGGAUGGGAGGGGGAAUCUUGGAAUAUUCUCCAUCAAUCGUGCUCCUGUCACCUGUCCCCUUGCUUGGGAGAGAUUUUACUAUCCUUAAUUUAUUAUAAAAUAUUUAAUUUACAUGUCUUUCAUUAUAUAUUCAAUCAAAUCAUUUGGUACGAUCACGAAGUAAUUCCCCCGUUUACUACGGGUCCUGUUGUUGCUUAGUAACCAGCAGCGCUGCUUUGUUGGUUGACGCUACUGUUACUGCGACCAUAGAGAAAAUAGAACUACUGUGACCAUGGAGGUAUAAUACCUCUAUGCUGCGACGAUCACGACAAAGCACAAUUAGGUCUACCUGAGCCUACUUAAAUCCCCUUUUUGAUAGUCAUUGUUUUUUUUUCUAGACCGAUACCAAGUAACGUCAAAUAUUUAUUAUAGGUUUAUUAUACGUGUGUAUUUUGGCCUCCUGUGCCGAACAACUAUUGAGUAAUUUAAAUAUUUACACCUUUCGUCAACCCCGUCGUCAACAAAAGCGUAGGCCUACAUUUUGCAAUGUUUACAGAUACUUGAAGCGUCUGUGAGCUAGGUACCAAAAUGACAGGCUUCUGUGUGAUGAAGGUGAGGAGCAAAAUAAUUACAGUUUGUAUGAUUACAUAAUCACAAUGAAAGUGCACUACAUGAAAAGCUACUAGACUUUUUGAAAAUGAGGCGCCAAUGGCAGCAAAUGUACGUUGAAAUGAAAGUAAUUGUAAAAUCAAUGUCUAGUAAACCACAAUUUGACCUACGUUUUGAAAUUAGACCUACGUUUUGAAAAAAUUGACCUACGUUUUUGAAGAAAUAGAAGUACGUGUUGAGAAAGUAGACAUUCUAAUUUUACAAUUCAAUGUGAUACCAACAAAUAGGGGCCUACAUUUGUUGCCUGUGGCGCUUCAUAUUUUAGACCUUCAAUUCUGUACCGAACAUAUUACUAUUAAGAAAUUUAGAAUACUUUUCAACUAUAAUUCAUAAAGUGCAUUAUAAAAAAGAAAUGUACUAAAUUUGUAUGUAUUUAUAAAGACGGUGGCAUUUUCGAUACUAGUGUUCACUUUAAUUAUAUUAUUGUUUAAAGUAUAGGAUGAAGAUAUUUUGUAGAAAACUUUAUUUUAAGAAGCGGUAACGCUUUCUAAAUUGUUUAACGGGUAAAAUAAAUUAAAGAAGUACUGUAGUUAAGUUUAUUUAAAAAAAAAAAAAAAAAAAAAAA